AUGAAGAUAACAGGACUCUUUCUUCUUAGUGCCUUGGCUCUGUUGACUUCAUCAGGUAACACUGGAGCUGACUCCCUGAAAAGAGAGGCAAAAUGUAGCAGUGAAAUUAAUGGAUGUCCCAGGAUCUAUAACCCUGUUUGUGGGACUGAUGGAAAUACUUACUCCAACGAGUGCAUUUUAUGCCGUGAAAAUGAGAAGCGCCAGAUUCCUGUCCUCAUUCAAAAAUCUGGGCCUUGCUGA